CUUCCCGGCGGUGACCCGGAGUGCCCCGGAGACUAAUGCAGAAAAUCAAUAAGAACGUGGUGCUGGCGCUGCUGUCGCUGACCAGCCUGGUUUUCCUGCUUUUCCAACUGUGCUAUUACAAGUUCUACCUGUCGCAUAAGAAUGGAGCAGCUUUUUCCAAAGUCAGAGGAAGCCAGUCAGGUCAAGACAGCACUAGAUGGCACGUGGUUAGGAAAUUCCUAGGCUUAAUAUCCAGCCACAACAUACCAGUGUAUUUGAUUGACCCUUUGAUUCUGGGACUGGUUGAUAAAGACAUUGAGCAGAUCAGAAGUUCUCCUGAUGGCCCCAGUCCAGAAUGCAAGUAUUUCUGUGCUCCAAGAGACUUCACUACGUUUGCACUACUGGACAAAACAUGGAAACAUGAAGUGGGCCUUUUCAGAACUGCUGAGAAAAUGGGGUUCCAGUGGCUAAAGAUUAUAAACAAGGACCCUCGCUUGGAUGGGAUGGAUGACCUGUCUGGGAUGGAAAUCCCCUUGCACUACAUAUUCAAACUGGCAUCUCAUGCCAUUCACCUGGUGGUCUUCUAUGAGAGGAGUGGUAAUUAUCUCUGGCAUGGCCCCCUGAGGCUCAAGAAGCACAUGGACAGGAAGUUUGUGCCUUUCCGUAAACUCCACUUCGGUCGCUACCCUGGAGCAUAUGAAAAGCCAGAACUUCUGCUUGUUUCCAUUGAUGACUUAAAAGUUCAAAUUCCAAAAAGCCCAUCCAGUUUUCUAGAGGAGAUGUCACACUCUAGAUUCCUUGAAUGUAGGUACAGAGAAGCUCGGGCUUUCUUCCAGCUCUAUCCUGAUGAUGCCUCUCUUGAUGCAGUGGAAUUCAGAAAAAGAGCAAAGUCCUUGCUUCAUCUGGCUGCCCUGACACUGAAUAACUUGGGAGUGAAGUUCUGGCUGAGCAGUGGAACAUGCCUUG